AUGCAGUCUCAAAGGACCUUCAGCUACCAGCCGAGCGAGGCCUUGCGUCCGCCCUCCUCUUCGGGCCAGCCUGGAGGGGCUAGUACAAAUGUUCGGCCGUCUAUCAAUCUCCACCGCGGCACGCACUACGGCUCGUCCGUUCGGGGCACUUACACGGCCGGCAGAGCAGACUUGGACGGCCUCUCGCAGCAUACCAUUCUCGAGACUCCCAACACUGAACGGGCGGGAUGGAUCGACGACGAGUAUCUGGAGCAGAACCCCUGGUACGAUCAACCCAAGCGCAAGCCCGUCUUUAGCUUGGGACGGCCGCUGCCGCGGUUGGUGCGCGGGCCCAAAAAGGUCCGGGUAAAGAAGAACGCGGCCAACAAGAACCGGCCGCUCGAGGAGCUCGCCGAGCGAGGCGAGUUGGAACUGGCGACGCCGACGCCUACACCGGGCAUCGAGGGCUCUGGGCAGUUUGACCACGUCCUCUCGUCGCAGACCACGCGGGGCUCCGCGAGGCCGGAACACACGGCCAAUGGCACGGCGCACAAUGACCGACGCAACGUUGCCGGUCAACCCGUGUUUGACUACACCCCGGGGGUGCCCGAGCAGGAGCAGCGGGCUCCUAGUCCGCGUCCUGACGACGCCGGAUCUACGGCAGAGUACAAGAUUGAUGGCGAGCCUCUGGGGAAGCGCGAGCACGACGACUAUGAGAAUGGAGAACGCGACCUGGACGAGCUGCGCAACUGGUGGGCGAGGAUGAGAGCAAAACACCCCGAACCUCUUGCCGAGUUUCUCUCGACUGCAGUGGCUAUUUUCCUCGGUCUGGCUGGAACUCUGUCGGUUAAUCUUUCCCAAAACGAGUCACAGCCUUACGGUACGUACGAAACAUCCUGCUGGGCCUGGGGCUUUGCCUGGAUGUUUGGUGUCUAUCUAGGAGGUGGAGUGUCGGGUGCGCACAUGAACCCAGCAAUUUCCAUCAGCUUGUCGCUAUUCCGUGGGUUCCCAUGGCGUCAGUGCAUGGUAUAUGUUGUUGUUCAGUUCAUCGCAGCCAUUGUAGCUGGUGCGCUCGCAUAUGGCUGUUAUGCCGACACGAUAUACUACAUGGACCCGUCGCUAGAGAAUACUUCAAAGGCUUUCAUAUCCACGCCACAGAGCUGGGUAUCACCAGGCAACGCCUUCUUGAAUCAAUCAGUUGGAUCUGCCAUCAUGGUGAUUGUGGUCUUUGCUCUUGGUGACGAUCAAAACAAUCCUCCUGGAGCUGGAAUGCACGCUUUUGUGCUCGGUUUGCUUGUUGCAAUCUUGAAAAUGGCCCUUGGCUUCAAUAUCGGAUCCGCCCUGAACCCAGCGUCCGACUUUGGGCCUAGACUGAUUGCUUAUGCCGUCGGCUACCACCAGGACACCGUCUUCAAGAACCCGUGGUGGUUUUACGGCCCGUGGGCUGCGACAUUUGUUGGAUCCAUCUUGGGCUGUGUCAUUUACGAUACUUUCGUUUUUGUCGGCUCCGAGAGUCCUGUCAAUUACAGAUAUCCGCCCACAAUCAGGAGAAAGAUUGAGAAGAAGGGUCGCCAAAUCAAGCAAAAGGGGCAUCAGGUCCUGAAUCACCUCAGCAGCAGCAACAACAACAACAACAACAACAACGAAAAAGACAAUGACUUUUAA